UUAGUUUUUCGUAUAUUAUUUUAUUAUAGAAGAAAGUGUAAAAAAGAAAAACUUUUAUAAAUAUCGAGCACUUGGUGUAAUCGAGCGAAUACUUUUUUCUUUCACUUUGGCACAAUUUAAUUUUACACAUCGUACAUGAAAACCAUUAAAAGCAAAACAACUUCAAGUUAUAACAAGUUUGUUUAAUUUGUAUCAUCACCGAUCGAUGAUGUCAACGCUUAGGCUAUGUUUAUACUUACGCUUGUAUGGUUAGUUCUAAUUCUCUCUCGUGGAAGAGCUCACCGUAGCGUUGAUGGACUUAACGUGGACACUAAGAAUUGGGACCAAUUUCUAUUCGCUUUCAAAGAUUACGAUGAAUCGCCUAAUUACGAUAUUACACGUUGGACGCGUCAGUUGCAUCUGCAGCAAUGUGCAUUUGUAGAAAUUGGCGAAGGAUUUUGUGCUUUGUUCGUCGAAUUACGUAGCAUACCUUCGGAAUCAAAGGUUCUGGACAACUCUGGAGUCCGAGAGUUCUUUCUGGGUAUCUGUCCUUGUUUGACGCUGCACAACUGGGACCUGUGCUCGCCCGAACUGACCGAUCAAAGAAAAACACACUGCACUUUUAACGAGGCCACUCCAUAUUCAAACACUAGUGCAAGAGUCCACCGACGAUUGUGUGAUGUGACACUGCUUAUCGAAAAUGCCGUAAAUUGUAAUUGCUCCAUUACCAUAGCGGGCCAGCCUUUACAUAAGACGAAAGGCUUUCCUACGUGCUUUUUGAAUCCAUUACCAGAAUCUCUGUGUUCUCCGCGCAACGUUUGUGGCAUCGCACAAUGUUCCGCUACUACGAUCAAAGGGAUACACACCCCUCAGUGCACCUCUAAUUGCCAUCAGAGACAGCCAUUCUGCGAAGAGAUUGGACCAUGGACUUCUAUUCCGCCGGAAAUUAAUUCCUUAUGGUCGCGAUGGUCUUCCCCGAAAUGUAACAACACGUGUGGGAAGGGUUUCAUGGUAGCCAUAGCGUCGUGCCAAGAUCAAGUAACAGGAAAACCGAUGAUCGACUGCAUUGGUCCAGGAUCAUUCUGUUGUCCGGAUAACAUCGGUAAAUGUUACUGCGAGGUAAACAUCGUCGAUGGAAUUAUGAGAGCGGCCAGGUUCACAGAACCUUGCAUUUCUACCGAAGGGUGUACCCCAAGUAACGUUGGUCCAUUCACUUUCGAAGGAGAACUCGAUCCUGGUAGCAGCAUCGACUUCGAAGAAGCUUAUGAGAACAAUGAUCGUGAAAGGUUUGAAGAUGCGCUCUACUACCCAGAAUCAGUACUCCCAGCUAAACGUCAUCUCCUUCAAGCGUACAGCCGUCGUAGUGUGCAGGAACACGAGUCAUGCAAAAAUAGACCAUCAAAGGAAAACUUUAAACACAAUCGGAGAUAUCGUUCCAUUCUCAGAAGUCGAUUGAACGAUGAUGCCAACUAUGACCAGCUGCAAGAGGAGGAGGACGAGGAGGACGAGGGAAGAGACGAGGACUACGGCGACAAUGACGAAAGGGCUGACGACGAAGAAGACGAAGAAGACGAGGACGAGACGGUGAACGACGAGGAGGCAGCUGGCCAUUACGAUUACGAUUCUGGAGUAAAUACGUUCUUCAAUAUACAACUUACGUUUGCCUUGAAACUGGUAACACUAAACAUUGUACUUUGGUUCUCUUGACAUCAAUGAAAAAACGCAACGAAGAUCAAAGAUAGUUAUGUCCCUGGUCGUGAAAGGAGUAUAAUCCAGAAGUUCUCUGAUGCAACAGAAACAAUGAAAAUAUAUCUCAAUUCAAAGUAUAAGUACUGAAUUGUAAAACGUACCAUGUUUUUAAUAAAUAUUAUUGCAGAACC